UCUGCCCGGCCCCGCGCCACUAUGCCCGCGGUGGACAAGCUCCUGCUGGAGGAGGCGUUGCAGGACAGCCCCCAGACUCGCUCUUUAUUGAGUGUGUUUGAAGAAGAUGCUGGCACCCUCACAGAUUACACCAACCAGCUUCUCCAGGCGAUGCAGCGCGUCUAUGGAGCCCAGAAUGAGAUGUGCCUGGCCACCCACCAGCUCUCGAAGCAGCUGCUGGCAUAUGAGAAACAGAAUUUUGCUCUUGGCAAAGGCGAUGAAGAAGUAAUUUCUACACUCCACUAUUUUGCCAAAGUGGUAGAUGAGCUUAAUGUUCUCCAUACAGAGUUGGCUAAACAGUUGGCAGACACAAUGAUUCUACCUAUUAUACAAUUUCGAGAAAAGGAUCUCACAGAGGUUAGCACUUUAAAGGAUCUUUUUGGACUCGCCAGUAAUGAGCAUGACCUCUCAAUGGCAAAAUAUAGCAGGCUUCCUAAAAAAAAGGAGAAUGAGAAGGUGAAGACGGAUGUCGUGAAAGAGGUGGCGGCCGCGCGACGGAAACAGCACCUCUCUUCCCUCCAGUACUACUGCGCCCUCAAUGCGCUGCAGGACAGGAAGCGCGUGGCCAUGAUGGAGCCCAUGAUAGGCUUUGCCCACGGACAGAUUAACUUCUUUAAGAAGGGAGCAGAGAUGUUUUCCCAAAAUAUGAACAGCUUUUUAUCCUCAGUUGCGGACAUGGUCCAGAGCAUUCAGGUGGAACUAGAAGCCGAAGCGGAGAAGAUGCGCGCGUCCCAGCAGGAGCUGCUCUCUGUUGAUGAGUCUGUUUACGCCCCAGACUUUGACGUGGCCGCGCCACAGAUCAAUAGAAACCUCAUCCAGAAGGCUGGUUACCUUAAUCUCAGAAGUAAAACAGGGCUGGUCACCACCACCUGGGAGCGGCUUUACUUCUUCACGCAAGGCGGGAACCUCAUGUGUCAGCCGAGGGGCGCUGUGGCCGGAGGCCUGAUCCAGGACCUGGACAACUGCUCGGUGAUGGCCGUGGACUGUGAAGACCGCCGCUACUGCUUCCAGAUCACCACGCCCAACGGGAAAUCGGGAAUCAUCCUCCAGGCAGAAAGCAGAAAGGAGAAUGAGGAGUGGAUAUGUGCCAUAAACAACAUCUCCAGACAGAUCUACCUGACCGACAACCCAGAGGCAGUCGCCAUCAAGUUGAAUCAGACGGCUCUCCAAGCAGUGACUCCCAUUACAAGUUUCGGAAAAAAGCAAGAAAGCCCGUGUCCCAGCCAGAACCCGAGAAAUGUAGAGCUGGAGAAUGACAAGAUUGUUCCCAAAGCAGCAGUCCAUGUCCCUGACGCUGAUGAGCUCAUCGCACCUGGAACACCCAUCCAAUUCGAUAUCGUCCUUCCUGCCACCGAAUUCCUGGAUCAGAACAGAGGCAGCAGGCGCAUCAACCCUUUUGGUGAGACCGAGGACGAGACAUUUCCAGAAGCAGAAGAUUCCCUUUUGCAACAGAUGUUUAUAGUUCGGUUUCUGGGAUCAAUGGCAGUUAAAACAGACAACACUACCGAAGUGAUUUAUGAAGCAAUGAGACAAGUACUGGCCGCUCGGGCUAUUCACAACAUCUUCCGCACGACGGAGUCCCACCUGAUGGUCACCAGUCAGACUCUGAGGUUGAUAGAUCCUCAGACUCAAGUAACGAGAGCCAAUUUUGAACUCACCAGCAUUACCCAGUUCGCGGCUCAUCAAGAGAACAAAAGACUGGUUGGCUUCGUGGUCCGCACGCCUGAAUCCACCGGUGGAGAGGCUCUGAGCACAUACGUUUUUGAAAGCAACUCAGAAGGCGAAAAGAUAUGUUAUGCUAUUAAUUUGGGAAAAGAAAUCAUUGAGGUUCAGAAGGAUCCAGAAGCGUUGGCUCAGUUAAUGCUGUCCAUACCACUAACCAAUGACGGAAAAUAUGUACUGUUAAACGAGCAACCAGAUGAUGGAAGUCCAAGUGAAAAUAGAGGCGCAGAAUCUGAAGCAUAACUCUCUUGGGCCUUUGGGGGAAGAGCACCCAGGAAGGAGAGCUACCUCCUUAAGGGUUUUCAACUUCUCUGAUAUACAGGCCCAUGACCUGGUUUCAGAAUGCUGACAAUCGCUUGUGGAAUGUCCUCUGGAUGCCUUGAUACUGAGAGAUGGGAGGGAAACAGUUCGAAAUGGUUGACAACAUUCCUACCCAUCUACAAAUGUUAUUUUAGGUGCUUUGUGGUAAGUCUUUUUCUUAGAUUGUGUUGUUCAGCGCUCAGAAUGAAAAUUAAUGAAAAAAUGCAUUGUUCACUUUAUUCAAAUGUCAUCUCUUCAGUUUCCAGUACCCUUUUUUAAAAAUGGCAAAAACCUAGAUUUAUAAUUUGAUAAACACUAAAUAUUUCCUAUUAAUAUAAUCUAUUUUUGUAUUUUACUUAAUGAGCUUUAAGUGCCUGUCACUCUGGAAAUUGUGUAUUUAUAAUCAAACUUAUCUCACAUUUGGACCUAAUAGCAUUAAUUUGUGCAGUUAGGUGACAUGCCCUGCUUUGAGGCCUGAGCACUAGCAAAAAUGCAGGUCUAGUUUGGAUAAUUUUUCCAGACAUGCAAUAAAAAGACUAGCAGAUGAGUACCACAAAAGAUGUUCGAUUUUACAUUGGAAACUUAAGAACCAGCAUUCACAAGUUUACAGGCCUUUAGAUAUUUUUAGUGGUGGACAGAGUGAAGCUCUACCAGUUCCUGAUUCCUCUGAGCCAGACCCUCCUCAAGGAAGGGACCAAUUAAUUUUAAAACUCACUUGAAGCACGGCUGGUUGUGGGGCUUGGUACAAAGUUCCUGUUUCCACCUCUACCUAUGAAAUAAGUAUAAUGGUCUUGAAUUGGCACAGUGUGUUUAAUUAUAACCAAGUUCAACAGAGUAUCACUGUCUUUGUAAUAAAUUAACCUAGCAAUAAAUGCUAGCAAGUAAAAACUAUCAU